GAGAGACCUAAAGAGGAGCUCCCAUCUCCGUUAGGAACCUUCCGGACCAUCCCCCGAAGCAAGACCUUGUUGGAAACUGCAGGGUUCCUUCUGCCUUUUGGCUUUGUUUCGUUUCUUUGGGGAAGGCGCCCUUAUCUUGGCCCUUCAGGCCUGGAAAUAACUCCUUUCCGUGGCUGGGUCGUGGUUUAGGGCCCAGCCUGUGCCUACAGACAUGUACCCGAGUUUACCCAUGUCGGCCAACCACGGUGCAUCGGGGUACGAAGGGGCCAGCGGUUUUCUACCCGGGGCGACCGGCGGUUCCCCCGUCUACAUUCCCACCACGAGGGUCCCCACCAUGAACUUGACCUACCUCCAAGGGAGCAGCUCAUCCCAACAAGGCAGCCCCAUCUCAAGCCACUCCAUCUGGACUCAACCCGGGGCCGAGAGCAUGGCGUACAACCCGGGGACCGCUCACCCGUCGGUGUCCCCGAGGUUUUCCUUCGCAACCGCCAGCCCCAUCCCGGCCACCACCUCCAGAGAGGUGGCCGCGUACAGCAGCUCUCUCAGCAUUUCGGCCAAUGGCAGGGAACAGUAUGCCCGGGGGUUUAACGGGUCCUAUUCUGGCCCCUACCCGGCGACCUAUAUGAGCCCAGAGUUGGGCACGUCCUGGGCUUCGGCUCCCUUCGACAGCUCCAUGCUCCACAAUCUCCCAAAUCGAGGAAACACCGGAGUUGCAAGACACAGCAACCUAGAGUUCUUUGACGACUACACUGAAGGCCGGGAAUGUGUCAACUGCGGGGCCAUGUCUACCCCGCUGUGGCGGAGAGACGGCACCGGUCACUACCUGUGCAAUGCCUGCGGGCUCUACCACAAGAUGAACGGCAUCAACCGCCCACUCAUCAAGCCCCAGAGGAGGCUGUCGGCUACCCGUCGGAUCGGCCUCUCGUGCGCCAACUGCCAAACUUCUACGACAACACUGUGGCGCAGGAAUGCCGAAGGCGAGCCGGUCUGCAACGCCUGCGGUUUAUACAUGAAGCUCCACAGGGUCCCGAGGCCCUUAGCAAUGAGAAAAGAAGGGAUCCAAACCAGGAAGCGUAAGCCAAAGAUCUUAAACAAAUCCAAGUUUCUUGCAGGAUCAGCCAGUAACGGAAGCCUUACCUCAGCCAUUAGCUCGGCCACCACCAGCACCACCACCAGCAGCAACGGCAGCAGCAGCACUGCUGCCCCCGGUGAAAUGCGCCCCAUCAAGACAGAACCGGAGAGCUCAUCUCAGUACGGGCACCUGAGCCCUGUUCCUCAGGCAUUCUCAAUCGCCGCGAUGGCUGGGCACACACCUACUCUUCACUCCGCCAUGUCGGCCAUGAAAAUUUCCCCGCAGGCUUACCCGUCAACCAUCAGCCAGUCUCCCCAGUCUGGCUCCAGGCAAGAGCACUGGAACGGCAUGGUGUUGGGGGAAAGCAACGGAGAUAUCAUAUCAUAAACGUCUUCCACCCUCCGCGAGGCUCGUUGGGCCCAGGAUACAAAGACAGCUUGCCACAAUCCCAACGAAGCCAGGUGGUUCCCCUGGGUUUUCUUUUUGCUUAUUUCUCCGCCUUCUUUCUUGACGGCGUCGAUGCCGGUCGUAGCAGAACCAUUCUAAAUCGAGCUUUGGAGGUCGCUUUUCUGAAGGCAACACUGUCCAACACCUCUGGAUCCACCUCCGGGAAGCCUCCGCCAAGCUGGGCACAACCCUACACAUGUUGAGAUUUUUUUUUAA